AUUGCUAUGUCCGAACCUGUCUCCAAAAAGCUCAAGUUAGACUCCGAAAUGCUCAGAAUCUGCACCCACUCCGGCUCCUUUCAUGCCGACGAAUCCUUGGCGGUAUACCUCUUGAAGUCCUUGAAGAAGUAUGCCGACGCCGAGGUUGUCAGAUCCAGAGACCCGGCCCAAUGGGAGGAGGCCGACAUCGUGGUCGAUGUUAGCGGUAAGUACGAUGGCGAAAAGUUCUUCGACCACCACCAGAGAGAGUUUGACGAGGUUUUCUCCGCUGACUACAAGACUAAAUUGUCCUCUGCUGGCUUGGUGUACAAGCACUUCGGGAAGGAAAUCAUCAGCGAAAAAUUAAACUUGUCACUCUCCGACGCCAAACAGGCCCUGCAAAUCGACUUGUUGUAUUUGAAGAUCUACAAAGACUUUGUCGAGGCUUUGGAUGCCAACGACAAUGGGAUCAACAACUAUGCUGCGGACAUCAAGCCAAAUUUCCACGACAAGAACAUCACCUUGCCUUCCAUCGUGUCUCACUUGAACCCAUCUUGGAAUACCAACCCAACUGACGCUGACUAUGACAGACAGUUCCACAAGGCCUCUGCCUUGAUGGGUGAGGUCUUUAUGAACUUGUUGGACGGGUACGGCAACGGCUGGUUACCAGCCAGAACCAUCGUUGAGGAUGCCUUCAACGCCAGAUUUGACGUCGAUCCAUCGGGAAAGAUCAUGGUUUUGGACCAGUUCUGCCCUUGGAAGGAACACUUGUACUGCAUCGAGAAAGAGGCUGACAAGGAAAACGAAAUCUUGUACGUCUUGUUCGGUGACUCCUCCGGUGCGUGGAGAAUUUCCACCGUCUCCUUGACCUCCACCUCCUUCCAGAACAGAAAGGCCUUGCCGGAGCCAUGGAGGGGUAUCAGAGAUGACGCCUUGUCCCAGUUGACUGGUGUCCCAGGCUGCAUCUUCGUCCAUGCCGCCGGUUUCAUUGGCGGUGCCAAGACCAGGGAGGCCGUCAUCCAGUUGGCCAAGAUGAGCAUCUAACCUAUUAUUUAUUUCUGUAUUAAGCUUUGCUUUAUGUUAAUUCCGCUGUAUUAUUCUAUCUGUAUAUUAUUCUUUACCAUAGUUAUCCG